GAAUGUGAACAGUUAAACAUCCAGUUCCACUUGCUGCACGGCGCUCCGGGGAAGGUUCUCCCCGGCUUUGUGUCCGACCACAGCUUUGGGGCCGUGGUGACUGACUUCUCUCCUAUCAGAGAACCGCUGCAGUGGUUGGAGGACGUCAAAAAGAAACUUCCCAAAGACAUUCCCUUCAUACAGGUUGAUGCUCACAAUAUUGUUCCCUGCUGGGUAGCUUCACCUAAACAGGAGUACUCCGCUCGGACGAUCAGAGGAAAAAUUACCAAUCUGUUAUCAGAGUUCCUCACUGAUUUUCCCCUGGUGGACGCACACCCCCACACUGCUACGAGAACCGCCAAAGGAGUAGACUGGGACAAAACCCUAGCCUCCCUGGAUGUUGACAGAAAUGUAAAAGAGCCAGAAUGGGCCAAGCCGGGCACCAAAGCAGGGAUGGACAUGCUGGAGUCCUUCAUUGAUGUACGACUUAAACUGUUUGGCAGCCAACGCAACGACCCGAACGCUCCCGCCCUGAGCCAGCUUUCCCCCUGGCUCCGCUUUGGUCAGUAUUCUGUGUAAAACUUUGAACUUAAGAGUUUUCUUAAGGACACGACUCUCUAAUAUUAUUCAUAUGCUCUAGUUUGUUACUUCAUAAGUGUUUUUGUUUAAAUAUAUUUGUGUCUGCGUCUCAUAGGUGCGUAUGAGUGGGCUCAGAAGACCUUAAAAGAUCAUGCCAAAGACAAGAGGCCGUAUCUCUACACGCGUGAGCAGCUGGAGAAAGCAAAGACUCAUGACAAGCUGUGGAACGCAGCUCAGCACCAGAUGGUUACAGAGGGGAAGAUGCAUGGUUUCCUGAGGAUGUACUGGGCCAAAAAGAUCCUGGAGUGGACUUCUUCCCCAGAGGAGGCGCUCUCCAUCGCUCUGUACCUAAACGAUCGCUACGAGCUGGAUGGUCAAGACCCUAACGGCUUUGUCGGAUGUAUGUGGUCUAUUUGCGGCAUCCACGACCAGGGCUGGGCGGAGAGAGCCGUAUUCGGGAAGAUCCGCUACAUGAACUACAAAGGCUGCCUUCGGAAGUUUAACGUGGCUCAGUUUGAGAGAAAGUACUGUCCUAAAAGUCUUUGAAGCACGAUAUGUUUGGAAGGAUGCGUUAAAAGCGCUCGACAGCGUGGAUCUCCUACAUCUUGGCCUCAGGGACAUUUUUUCUUGUUACAGCCUUUCUGUUUUUUGUUCUGUUCAUCACAGCUUGUUUUGUUCUAUUCUUGCUUGCGUCGACACUUUUACUAAAUAUUCAGACGUGUUCAUGCAUAAUAAAACUGUAGGCUGUUUGUGGCAUUUUAAAGUGAGCUUUAGAGAAAGCACUUUGGGCUUUGUUAAUAUAAAAGCACCAUAAAAACAAUCACAUUACUACUGUCGUUCGGUUUUUAAUACAAGUUUGAAGUCAUUUUCUGUCCACUUGUAUCAUUUCCAACUCUCUCACUGUUAUUUCUUUAAAGUUGAGAUAAAGCGUGUUUCUUUAACAGA